AUGCUCAUCACCGUAGAGACCGCUCGCGCGAUGAGCGGGUUCCGGUCCCUCAAGUAUGUCACGCCAAAUCUAAGCCGCAACCCUAGCAGAAGAGCAAGUGUCUUGAUACCCUCUGCCGACGACGACGCGGCUACGUCAACCACAAAUCUACCGGCGUUCAAGAAGGUCAGCAGUGAUGAACUGCUACAUUUGGAGCGGGAGAAAGCUGUGGCUCGGACUUCCGGACUGAAGAAAUGCCUUGUCGACCUGAACGAGUUCUCCAACGCCACGACUCGAAGACUGGACGAGACGUACUACUCGGUACUGGAGAAGCUCAGCGUUUUACAGAGCACGGUUGUCGCUCUAAAAGAACUUGCAGGCGUAUCACAGGAGAUGACCAAUGGCUUCAAGAGGGAUGCCCAGGAGCUUGUCAGCGAUACCGAGAGCCAGCUCGGCACAUUCGGGCAAUUCAAUAAUCAAGAGCAGAGGAUCGAAUCACUUCAAGACCGGGUAAGGCAAGGAAGGCAAAAGAUGCAGACGCUCAGCGAGCGGGUGGACGCCGUGCGGGAGCGCAUCGAGGGCUGGGAGCGCGCGGACAGAGCCUGGCAGGAGCGCACACGGAAGAGGCUAAAGAUCAUAUGGAUCAUCACGUCCGUGGUCUUCUUGCUCCUCAUUCUAUUGUUCAUCGGUGUUCAAUACUCUUCGGAAAGCUUGGAGACGACAACAGUCCGACUGGCGGAUGAAGCCCUGACAAAACUACGCGACGGGACCGAUAAGCUACGAAGUGGCUCUUUGAGCGAUGCCCUGAAGAGCGAGCACGAGAAGAUCUGGGGAGCUCCUAACCGAACGGCUGAUGGGGCGGAUACAGAACUGGAUGGAGUGCUCAGGAUCUUCGAUGAACUAUGA